UCUCCAGAGGAAAUUCGCGACGUCCGAUUGAAAAAGGUUCAAGAUCUUCGCGGGCUGGGUCAAGAACCAUAUGCAUAUGGGUUCGACCGCACGCAUUUCACGAAAGACUUGCAGGACCUGUACGCCUCUCUACCCAAUGGCGCUGAGGAUGAGGCAGGCACGCUGGUGGCCGUGGCGGGGCGAGUGCUUGCCAAACGGGUGAUGGGCAAAUUGGCGUUCCUCAGCCUGCGGGAUGACAAGGGACAGAUUCAGCUCUACGUGGAUCGCACCCGGCUGGAUGCUUCCCAGAACGAGGGCUUCAACACCGUCAAGGGGCUGGUGGAUGUGGGCGACAUAGUGGGCUGCUCCGGAACCGUGAAGCGCACGGAGAAAGGGGAGCUGUCUGUGGUGGCCACCGGCAUGCAGGUGCUGACGAAGUCUUUGUUGCCCCUCCCGGACAAAUGGCACGGACUGUCCGAUGUGGAGAAGCGCUACCGCCAGAGGUACCUGGACCUCAUCAUGACGGCUGAGGUUCGUGACACAUUCCGAGCCCGCUCCCGCAUCAUCUCCACUUUGCGGCGGCAGCUGGAGGACCGGGGCUUCAUUGAGGUUGAGACGCCCGUGUUGGAGUCAGUUGCUGGCGGUGCGGACGCGAGGCCCUUCCGCACCUUCCACAACUCCCUGGGCCGGGACCUGACACUGCGCAUCGCCACGGAGCUGCACCUGAAAAGGAUGGUAGUAGGCGGAUUCGAACGGGUGUUCGAGCUGGGCCGCGUGUUCCGCAACGAGGGGCUCUCCAGCCGCCAUAACCCCGAGUUUACAUCAGUCGAGAUUUACCAGGCAUAUGCCGACUACAAUGACAUGAUGAACCUGACUGAGGAGCUGAUCCGGGUGUGUGCAAUGGAGGUCCGGGGCUCGGCACAGGUGUCAUAUCAGGGCGUGGCUAUUGAUUUCUCCCAGCCUUUCCGCCGCGUCACCAUGGCGGAUCUGGUUCGUGAGGCGUGCGGGCUCGACUUUGAAGCCGCGAUGGCGGCCGCUCGUCAGGUGGGCAGCGCCGAGGCGGCUGCAGCGGUCCGCUCCGCGCCCUCCCUCGGCCACUUGCUUAAUGAGAUGUUUGAGGCGGUGGGCGAGGCGGGUUUGGUGCAGCCCACCUUCGUGCUGGAGCACCCGGUGGAGAUUUCCCCGCUGGCCAAGCCACACAGAUCCAAACCGGGGGUCACGGAGAGGUUUGAGCUCUUCAUCUACGGUCGCGAGCACGCCAACGCCUUCUCCGAGCUGACUGACCCGGUGGACCAGCGGGCCAGGUUCGAGGCCCAGGUGGCAAGACACAACGCUGCAUUUCAGGAGCGGCAAAAGGUGGCUCUGGACACGGAUUUCAUCGCGGCACUCGAGUACGGCAUGCCGCCGACUGGAGGCCUUGGCAUCGGAGUGGACCGGCUGGUAAUGCUGCUCACGGACAGUCCGUCCAUUCGCGAUGUUAUCGCCUUCCCCACCAUGAGCUGA